AUGUGGCCACAUAUCCAUAACCAAAACACGACAAACUUGGUUUUUAAACAGAAUGUAAAGAAUGCCUUGAGUACCAUAGCACCUAUCUAUUUGUUUGCAUUUCAUUACCAAGCUAAAAUCCUGGGUACUGCCACAAAACCAAAAAAGAGGAAAAUAACGAGUAAUGACAAUGAAGAUAAUGCCAGUGUCGGUAAAUCUAGUGAGGGAGAUCCAGCACCAGCAUUUGAAUCUACAUCCACUCUGGAAGAUGGAGAUAAUUGUCAUAAAAAUGAUAUCGGGCGAUGGGUUGGACGAUCUUUCGUAAUGACUACCGAGAUGCGAAUGGAAAUGUUAAAGCGAUGCUGGGCACCUCCAGAAAACUAUGAUUAUGCUGGUGAUGCCGCGCAUUUGAAACGAAAAUUUAAUCACUCUUGGUUAGAAAUGUACAAACCUUGGCUUGUUUACUCAAAGAAAUCGAAAGCUCCAAAAUUAAGAAAAUGUAUGGACGAAGUAUCCAAAUUUUAUGAAUUAGAAGGGAUCACAUCCGAAGCUGAACUAUGGCGCACUUUUUGGGUUAACAAGCAGGAGGACUUCGAAGAUUUGGAGAUAACGGAAUUAAUCCAACAAGCAGAAUGUUUUUAUCUGAACGUGAAAACAGCCCUAGAAAUUUUACUGGCAAUGCCUUAUUCCACGGCUACAAUUGAAAGAUCAUUCAGUACACUCAGACGCGUGAAAACGUGGCUGAGAUCAACAAUGAUUGAAGACAGGUUAAAUUAA